AACAACCGACAGUCCUAAAAGACAAAAUGAAAGCCCACGCUGAACUCUGAAAAGUUGCAGGAUGAAGAGGCAGCAGGAGGCGUGCAGGCAGCAGAAGAGGGAAGUGGAGUCUGUCUUACGUGCUCUGAUAACCAAUCACAUCCCUUAAUUCAUUCAAACAACCAAUCACAGCAGCGCAUCAGUCACCACGUGAUGGGGAAGAUGCUCCAACAUCAAAUAUUUGCAAGAAGAAGAACUUUUUGGAGUUUAUCCACAUAACUGCCCCCCAUUUUCUCUUUGACAAGAAGAUUGAUCUUUCGAAAAAAAUAUAUAUAUAUCAGGAGAAAUCAAUCUGGGGCAAUCGAUUGAUCCGAUUCAGUAAACGCUCGCUGCACGUGCUCCGUAUAUACCAUCAGAGCGCACGAGCCGAUUGCCCAGGCAACCAGGCACGAGACUGUCCGCAGGGCCAAAGGAGGACCGAGGCAGACCGCGGCGGGAUGGAGUUUGAGGAGUCCGGUAUCGGGGAGGAGUGCGGGGUUUUCGGGUGUGUGGCAGCCGGAGAGUGGCCCACACAGCUGGAGGUGGCUCAGGUCUUAACCCUGGGGCUUGUGGCGUUACAGCACCGGGGUCAGGAAAGUGCCGGGAUUGUCACAAGUGAUGGAGCCAGUCCGCCCACAUACACAACCCACAAGGGAAUGGGAUUAGUGAGCACUGCUUUCCCACCCGAAGCUCUUCUGAAACUGCGCUAUGGUAACCUUGGUAUUUGUCACACACGCUAUUCAACCACUGGGAUCUCAGAGCUGCAGAACUGCCAGCCCUUUGUUGUGGACACACUGCAUGGCAAGAUUGCCGUAGCACACAAUGGAGAGCUUGUUAAUGCUGAUGCCCUGCGGAAAAAGGUAAUGCGCCAUGGUGUGGGCCUCUCCACCAGCUCAGACAGUGAGCUCAUCACCCAACUCCUGGCACUGACUCCACCAAUGGAGGAGCGGGAUGCACCAGACUGGGUUGCCAGAAUAAAAAAUCUGAUGACUGAGACCCCGACAUCGUACUCGCUGUUGGUGAUGUUCAAAGAUGUCAUCUAUGCGGUGCGUGACCCUUACGGAAACCGCCCCCUCUGCAUCGGCAGGGUUGUUCCUAUCUCUAAACUGCACAGUUCAGGUGCUGGAGAGGAGGACACUGAGGGUUGGGUUGUGUCAUCAGAGUCCUGCAGCUUCCAGUCCAUCGGUGCCAAGUAUUACAGAGAAGUCUUACCAGGAGAGAUCGUCCAGAUAUCGAAGCAUGGAGUCAAAUCUCUGAGUGUUGUCCCUCGCCCCGAGGGAGACCUUCCCGCCUUCUGCAUAUUUGAAUACGUUUACUUUGCUAGACCAGACUCUAUUUUCGAAGGGCAGAUGGUCUACACUGUCAGGCAGCGCUGUGGUCGGCAGUUAGCCAUCGAGGCUCCAACAGACGCAGACGUGGUCAGCACUGUGCCAGAGUCUGCGACCCCUGCUGCCCUGGGCUACGCUCAGCAGUCUGGGCUGCCGUAUAUAGAGGUUCUGUGCAAGAACCGCUACGUCGGAAGAACAUUUAUUCAACCAAACACCCGCUUGAGGCAGCUGGGUGUUGCCAAGAAGUUUGGGGCUUUGACGGACAACUUUGCAGGGAAACGAGUGGUGCUGAUCGAUGACUCCAUCGUCAGAGGCAACACCAUCGCCCCCAUAAUAAGACUGCUGAAGGAAGCAGGUGCAACUGAGGUCCACAUCAGGGUUGCCUCUCCUCCGAUCAGAUACCCUUGCUACAUGGGCAUCAAUAUUCCAACCAAGGAGGAGCUGAUCGCCAACAAGCCAGAGUUUCAGAACAUUGCUGGAUACAUUGGUGCUGCCAGUGUUCAGUAUCUGACUGUGGAGGGCCUGGUAUCAGCUGUUCAGGAGGGAAUCGCCUCCCUUCAGGAGAAGGACGAGAUGAUCAGCUCCAGUAACAAGUCCAGGAAGAGAGUGGGCCACUGCACUGCCUGUCUGACUGGGAAAUAUCCAGUAGAGCUGGAGUGGUAACACCAUGACCAGCUAUAGUUACAGCAGCAGCACUGUGGGUUUACUACACACUCCUACAGCUGUUACAUGAAUGAAAUGUUCUGUGUAGACUGGCAUUUAAAUACUGCUAUCUGGGACACUAAGAUACGUGUUAAAUACACACAGCUUCUGCUUCCUCUACAGAGGGUCUUUAUCCUGCUGAGAUCCUUUGACUUAUGCUGGAAAUGUUACUGUUGGAGACCUCCAGUAGUUACAGUCUCACCUUGCAGCAGUGAAGUGUUGAUGACACCCUGAUGUCACAAAAGGUGCGAUUACACAUUCUCGUCUUACUGCACAACACUGAUGCUUUUUGUUUUCAAAGGUUACCACGUAAACGCUUUUAGAAAAGUCUUUAAACCUGUUUCACACUUUAAGCCUUAAGACAAAAGCAUUAGUAGAAUUUGCCGUGUCAGAAAAGCGCACAAGGCUAGUGACCAAAAGUUAAAUUGUCUUUAUUUUCUUUAUCAUGUUUACUUUUCUACCUUUACCUAAACUUAUCCAUUAUGGUCUUUUGUUUUGGGUCUGACUGUUGGAUAUAUUGUUUUCUAAACUUUCAGCUGCACAUGAAUAUGAUGUAAAAGUUGAAUAAUAAACUGCAAUCAUAAAUACUUUUUUGUCAGAAACUGCAUUUUGACAACAAUUUUAUUUUAAUAAACAGAUAUAACAAGAAAUAAC